UAUCAUGCCACUCUUUCCUAUUCCCGAGAGAGAGAGGGGGAGAGAGGAAGAGAGAGAGAGAGAUGAUGUAAACACGUGUUGAAGCGCCAGGGAAUCUAAGCAAACUCUGAAAUAGGGAUGACUUGUGACUAUUAUCCUCCAAUUUAGCUAGGAAGAGCUGAAGCAUAUUACAGAGUGAAGCACUUCUUGAGAGAGAGAGAGAGAGAAGGAGAAGGCAUCAUGAGCAAGGUUCACUCCUCGACUUCGGAGGUGGAUUUAGAUCGACCAAACAUUGAAGAAUACCUGCCCACCGAUUCCAUUCAAGAAUUUCACGAGAAGCUUCGCCUGCGCGAUUUGCUCGACAUUUCGCCUGCUUUGACAGAGGCUACUGGAGCUAUCGUUGAUGAUUCAUUCACACGUUGUUUCAAAUCAAAUCCUCCGGAACCUUGGAAUUGGAAUAUUUAUUUGUUUCCUCUCUGGUGCUUUGGGGUGGUAGUUAGAUAUGGGAUUCUUUUUCCGUCAAGGGUUUUGGUAUUGACACUAGGUUGGAUAAUAUUCCUGUCAUCCUUCAUCCCGGUACAUUUCUUACUCAAGGGACAUGAUAAGUGGAGGAAGAAAAUAGAGAGGUACUUGGUGGAGUUAAUGUGUUGCUUCUUCGUUGCAUCAUGGACCGGGGUUGUGAAGUAUCAUGGACCACGACCCAGCAUGCGACCAAAGCAAGUAUUUGUGGCCAAUCACACUUCCAUGAUAGAUUUCAUUAUAUUAGAACAGAUGACUCCAUUUGCUGUUAUUAUGCAAAAGCAUCUUGGAUGGGUUGGACUGCUACAAAGCACAAUUUUGGAGAGUGUGGGUUGUAUCUGGUUUAACCGCUCUGAAGCAAAAGAUCGUGAAAUUGUUGCAAGAAAGUUAAGAGAACACGUUCAAGGAGUUGACAACAAUCCUCUUCUCAUUUUUCCAGAGGGAACAUGCGUAAAUAACCAGUAUACAGUCAUGUUCAAGAAGGGUGCUUUUGAACUCGGGUGCACUGUUUGCCCUAUAGCGAUUAAGUACAACAAAAUUUUUGUGGAUGCUUUCUGGAACAGCAGGAAGCAAUCCUUUACAAUGCAUCUUCUACGCCUUAUGACAUCAUGGGCUGUUGUUUGCGAUGUGUGGUACAUGGAGCCACAAAAUCUCAGACCUGGAGAGACAUCCAUUGAAUUCGCAGAGAGAGUCAGGGACAUUAUUUCAGUUCGAGCAGGUAUUAAAAAGGUCCCUUGGGAUGGAUAUCUGAAGUACUCUCGCCCUAGCCCAAAGCACACAGAGAGAAAGCAACAGAUAUUUGCUGAGUCAGUACUGAAGCGUCUGGAGGAGAAGUGAUUUGACAUGCUAAUUUAAGAAAGCUGAAGGCUGGGAUGAAGUUGAAGUGAUAAGCCAUUUGUUGCAGGAUCUAUGUUUGGUCGUUUGUUUUGUGAGUUGCUAGAUUCGGGUGAGUCGUUCAGUGGAGCUUUUGGGUGCUGAGUCUUGAGUGGCAGGAUUUUAUCUUGCCACCUACUAGUUGCAUGUAAAUGGUAGGCCAGCUAACUAAGAUAUUAUUGAUUUUAACAUGAGGGAUUGAAAGUCAUGUACUCAUGAUACCCCUUGUGACUGAUGCAACUCACAAUGACCCUCAUCUUCAGUAGAUUUGGAAAGUCUGCUUAGAGACGGACUAUAAAAUCAAAAUCCAGGCUCUCCAUAUAAACAACAAAUGAAGGAUUUUCUUCCGAAAAUUGUUGGUCGGCCAAUUGUAACAUGGUGCAUUUGUAACUUCUAUUUCAGAAAACUGGGUUAAUACACAAAUCCCUAUCAAUUAUUCUGAUCA